ACCCUCUCCUGUCUGUCUUCUAGGCGAAUGUGUCCUUCAGAGGACCGCCAUGGUGAGGAAGAAGCUGACCGCCAGGGAAGGCAGAGGAUGGCUCUCUGGUACCCUCUUCUGUACCCACUUCAGAGUGGCUUUUGUUCCCCAGGACGGCCCCAAAGCCGACGACAAUGCAGACCCCAUCCUUCUGGGAGAUCAUGACAUCGCCCUGGCGUCCAUAGAGAAAGUGGUUGCUGUUGGACCCAACAGGACCAAACUGGUGACCCCAAACUCCUCCUUGAAGUUCACUCCAGAGGAACUGGUCCUUUACUGCCGGGACAUGCGAGUCAUGUGCUUCCUGUUUGACCGCCUGACUCCUGACGCGCAGGUCAUAGAGAUAACCUUCACCAUCGCCAAGACCUACCAGCCUCUGAGACCCGGGUCCGUUUUAUCUUUCCAGAACGCCGCCCUUGGGAGUGUGGAAAUGAAACAGUUUCUAAGCAACCGCCGCAGAGACUCCCACAUGAACUGGUUUGAGUCGGCCGCGGACUGGGAGCAGGAGCUGGAGCGGUGCGGGGCCACGAGCUGGAGGGUCAGCUCCGUCAACGACCGCUUCGAGAUGUCCAACAGCCUGUCCAAGUACAUCGUGGUCCCUCACAAGGUUUUGGACACGGAGCUGAAGAAGAGUUUCGCCCACUUCAACGAAGGACGAAUCCCUCGCUGGUGCUGGAGGCAUCCCAGAGGCAGCGAUCUGCUGCGCAUGUCCAGCUUUCAGAACAACAUCUACCACGAGAAGGACGACCUGAGGAACCUGGAGUUGGUCCUGUUCGGGUGUCAGUCCUCCCUGUGCGUGGUGGUGGAGUUGGGGGACGAGCUGCCGUCGCCUGCCGACAUCCAGCUGGCACACAGCCGUCUGCGAGCCCUUUGUCUGGGAGGUGGGACCCGCACAAAUUCUCCAGUCUUCCUGCUCUUCCUGGACUGCGUCUGGCACCUGUGGUUCCAGUUUCCAUCACGUUUCCAGCUAACAGACGACUUCCUGCUGGCCCUCCAUGACAGCGUCCACCUGCCGCUCUUCUCCACCUUCCUGUCCAACUGCCAGCGGGAGAGAUGCAAACGUUCCCAGAACGUCAGCCAAUCCUACACGCCUGUUAACGGUUGGAGGGAUAUGCUGAGUCCGCACUCUUCCUCGGAUCCAUUGGACCCGCCUCUGCCACCGGUUUGGGACUGGGCCCUGCAGUACAGUCAGGAGAGGCGAGAUCGCUUUAGUCAGAGCGUCGUGGCGCCGCCGCCGCUCCAGCCGCUGCUGAAUGGAAACCUCAACACCAACCUGGACGCACACCGGCUGGCAGACACCAUCCCCGGCUCGGUCUUCCUGCUCUCCAGGGGAACCUUCACCAGCCCCCCCAACCUGCCUCCCUGGCGCAGCGGCUCUUCAGCCGUUUACAAAAAGAGCCACCGGAGGGCGCUGUCUUCGGAGAACGUUCCUGGCCUGGAGAGGCUGCUGAAAGCGUGGUCCCUGGCCGACGUCCCCCAGAACCCGGCCGCUGUGUCGGGACCAAAGGGAGCUCUGGAUCCAUGCGAGCCCCUGCUGCCCCUCCUGAUGGGUCCGUGCAUGGGCCUGUGGAGGGAGUGCUACCUGCGGGGGGCGCUCCACGCUCAGGCCUUCUCCCAUCCCGUCUCGUCCAACCGGCGCCACCCGGUGGACCGUCUGGCCGAGGAGGUGCAGCAGCUCAAAGAUCAGCUCGCCCAGCUCUCCAGCAGCAAGCGCCCCGACCCGCUCGCCUCGACGCAGGAGCCCAGACGGACCGACGGCAACCUGAACCAGAGCACCAACAACAGCACCUUCCUUUACUCAGCACUCAGGCCCAAAACGACCCCCCCACCUACCUCCACCAAGCAGCACAGCUCCAGAGGCCACUCCUCCUCCUCCUCGUCCGCGCCGCUGCCAUCAAGGCCCCCCAACAGAGACGGUAACAAGCACUCCUUUCUGUUCGGACACUCGGCAGGAGCGGACCCUCGGUCGGAGCCUCGCUACCAUCCUCCCCCCGGUACCACCAAGCUGCCUAAGAGCAACGGGCCGCCGCUGACCUCCUGAGGUCCGUCCCUGUAACCUUUAAAAUGUCCCUCAGUGCUGCCCGUAUGUGUGAUACCUAAAAAUCACUCCCCUGUGACUGUGCUGUACAGAAAACUGUUUUUGUACCUUUUUGUAUCUUCGAAUAAAUUCAAGAGAAAAGCAAAAAGAAAAAAAAAAAAAUCGUGCAGCCGAGGAGCGGCCGGCCGUUGAUCUUCAGACGGAGGAGGAGGACAGGAAAGGUUGGAGGUUCUGUUUAUAGCUUCUUAUCCAGACGCUUCAGAUAAACUUCCAGGAGCUGUGGGACUUUUUUUUUCUGUUCCUAAUAUGCAAACAGGUUUGUUUCUGGAUGUUUCUGUCGGCGCUGCAGCCCGCCGGCUUUAAUGUGGAAUUUAGGACAUGAGAGCUAUUUUUGGUCCCGCUUCCCUCUGGUGGUUCAUCCUUCAGAGCAGGACCUUCAUUCCUUCACAGUAUUAAACACGUCUGCAGUCAGAACCCGGAUCGUUUUACAGUGAAAGCUUCAGCAUCUUUUCAGUUUUCUCAGACAACUCUGAUCUUCCAGACUUUUUUUUUGUUUUUUUACUCUAAUCAGUGUUUAAAUUAGCCCCUUUAUCUUUAAUUCGCCAGAAAACACCUUCCAGUAAAGCAUCACAUUUUAAAUAGUCUCAUUUAAGUCGAUCUGCUGCUUUCCUUUAAAGAACCCGUUAUCCGGGUUUGGUUUGAUGCAUCUACAUGUGAUCUGAGCAGAUCUUAGUCGGACCAGUCGGUGCCAAAAGAUUGAAAAAGCAAUGAAAUCCUCCUUUAUGGCCGCCUAAAGAUAAACCAGACUGCUGCAACAUCAUUUAAGGUUAAUAUGUGGAUGUUUGUCUGAAUAUGUGUGAAGAUUUAGGGCAUUAAUGAUACUUUAUAAAGUGUUAUUGAGUGAUUAUGGCGUCGUCUCUGACCACGGUUUGUGUUAUGCUGAUUUAAAAACUUCCAACAGGAAGCCAGUAUUGGAAGCAAAGUGAAGCUCGUUUCUUCCCAUGUUUACAUUUUCAUUUUUCUGCCUGAUUGUUUGUUUGCAGGCGAAAGCUCCACCGGGUGAAACGUUUCCAUCCCACCUUCCACAUGUUGCGUAAUUUAUUUUAAAAGCAGGAUAAAAGCCAUCAGUCCUGAUCUCUCCUGUCAGACGGUACCUCUAUGGAGUUAAAUGUGUUCCAUUAUUGUUGCAAAUUCAAAUUUGAAAAACUUCUAAAUCAAAAAAGUUUUUAAAAAAAAUACGAACUUUUGCCUUUGAAACGCAGAU